AGGGUGGAGAGAGACCGUUCCCGAACGGCGGGGCAGUCCCGAAAAAAAAUAAUCGGCGACUCCCAUGCCGUCAUACUUGGAAUUCUUUGUCCCUGCCGUUCCGGCAACAGCAUCCUUCCCGGUAGCUUCUUCCCUCCACAUCCACGGCAAAUCUCAACACACGAAACGGAAGCGCAGUCACGAUGUUCACUUGUCUCUAGUUCAGAUUUUUGUUCUCCUUCCUCUUUUUCUCCCCAGCGGAAACGUCUUACGGCCAUGGUCGGUUUGCGCCACACUUAAACUGAACCCUCUCUUUCCGUCGUCAUCUUCUCGCCCACCGAGCAAAGGGGAGCAUCAAGCUCGUCAGCCAACCGUUGCGCAACCAUGUCCGAUGGUUCCCGUAAAUCGGGCACAAAGUCCACCUUCCACUUCGUAGCCGGUCUCGGCUCCGGCGUCCUCUCCGCCAUCCUUCUCCAACCCAUCGACCUCCUCAAGACCCGCGUCCAGCAAUCCGGCAAACACUCCCUCCGCGCCGCCCUCGCCGAGCUCCGCUCCUCCCAACAAGGCCUCCUCCCCUCUCUCUGGCGCGGCACCCUCCCGUCAGCUCUGCGCACCGGCUUCGGCUCCGCCAUCUACUUCACGACCCUCAACACCAUCCGCGAAAAUGCCGCGCGCCAUCUGCCCUCGCUCGCAGCGGCCGCGCCCACCAUAGCCGCCGCAUCCGGCAUUGUCGCCCCCAACGCAAACCAGACAUCCUCCUCCCUCCCUAAGCUCUCCAACACAGGCAACCUCCUCGCGGGCGCCGUCGCCCGCUCCUUUGCCGGCUUCAUCCUCAUGCCGCUCACCGUCCUCAAGGUCCGGUACGAAAGCAGCUUCUACAAGUACACCUCUUUAGCCGGCGCGGCGCGGGAUAUCGCGCGAACCGAGGGAGCGCGCGGCUUCUUUGCUGGGUUCGGCGCAACCGCCAUUCGCGAUGCGCCGUACGCGGGACUGUAUGUCUUGUUCUACGAAAAAUCCAAACAACAUCUCAGCAAUCUUUUCCCGCAGCCACCACAACUAUCCACCACCCUCGAGGCAGCGGGACAAGACGGAGGACGCAUGAGCCAAUCCCGCGCCGCCUCGAUCAACUUUGCCUCGGGUGUCUUCUCGGCAAUCAUCUGCUCGAUUAUUUCGAACCCGUUUGAUGCGGUCAAGACGAGGAUCCAGCUGCAGCCGAAAAAGUACCGAAAUAUGGUGCAGGCUUCGAGAAAGAUGUUGGCCGAGGAAGGGGUGAGGAGCAUGAUGGAUGGACUGGCGCUCAGGAUGAGCAGAAAGGCGAUGAGCUCGGCGUUGGCGUGGACGGUUUAUGAGGAGCUGAUUAGACGGGCGGAGGGGGCGUGGACGAAGAGGGGGCCGGAGGAGGUUCAGCUGUAAGUUGAAGGGGAAAGUUGGAAGGGUGUUGGUCACUUUGGUACAUUGGAAGAUCGAUGGGGCAGAAAGAAAGACCUGAAGGGAAAGUCAAGGGCCAAUUAUGGCUACAGGAAGGGAAGGUCAUGGAAUGACGUUCAUGGUCGAACAGGGAAAAGGGGAAAAAAAGAUACUGCAGGCGGUAGGUAUGGGUACGGAUUUUGGUUAUUCAUC